UCAUGUUGGGAGAAGCCUUCAUCAGAGUCUUCAGGUACAGGAAAGAGGAUUGUGAUUCCACAAAGGCUCAGGAACGUCCACCACACCCUGCUCCCAAUAUCAUUCUGAACCAAGGUUCAAUGUUAGAAAACAUGGAAGGCCUGGUGCCGUCUGGUCCUAGAGCGACAACCAGGCCCAGUGAUGCCCUCACCAUCCCCAAUAGCCACAGUGACGACUAUGGUGACCUGGAGCUCUAUCGCUCCUGGUGCUGCACCACCUUCUGCAAAGACUACCCUGACCUGCAGCUCAGAGGAGACCAUGUGGGAAACAGGAGUUCAAUGAGCCUGCGGCUGGAGAGUGAGGUGUUCCAAGGGCCACUUCUUCAAUCUCAGGACCUGGGAGAGCUGGAGUCCUUGGAACCCACAGGGCCUGUGGGGCCUGGGGUACAGGUGGAGUCCCAGACCCUGCAGGAUGAGGGUAACCUGGUCAUAGACAGCAGCAUCAUCACCCUGAACAGGGAACCUCUGUCCAACUCCAUGCUGAACGGCUACCUGGAGAGUAAGCUGCUGGAGGUGUACAGACAGCAUAUGCAGGACAGCCUGGCGCGGGGCAGCUCUCCCCUGGUCCAGACCCCUCCCCAGGGCCUGGUACCAGAACCAGUGAAGCAGCUCAGCCAGUAUCUCUGUCAGGACCAUGGCCUAGACUCCAGUACAGCCCAGAGCAUCGUCAUCCACUACCUCAGCACCUGCACUGUGGCCAGCUCCAACUUCAGCUCUCCCGACCUGCGCAUCUCCAACCUACGCAUCCCCAACCCUGAACCCAGGAAGAAGCCCACCUGACUGAAACCAGCAGUAUUUCUACUUUGUCUGCCAACUCUAACGUACUUGACAAUGCUAAAGCAUUCCACUGAAUCUAUACUUGGUGGUCAGCUGUAUUGCUUUCAAGGGGAAAAUUCAAUUGAUAGUUGGGAAGGAGAUCCCCUCAUUUUGUUAAAUUGUUGAAAGAAAUAUCUUUAGAAAAUGCCACAAUGUCCAAAAUAUUUACUAUAUAAAUGCAACCAGUUGCUAUAUUGUCAUGCUUGGGUGCCUGAGACAAUGUCAAGCUUUCGAGUUUAAAGACAAAGAGUAGAAAAACAGGGAACUGUGAGCUGAUCUUAUAAAGAAUCUUGUUUCUGAGAAAUUAUUCCUCACAGAUACUGCUGAUUUGAAAUGAUAUUGUUUUAAACACAGACUUACAAAACGCCAAAGAAAAAAGCUAUUUUCCUAUCUUGGUUGUCAAAGCAGGAAAAUAUUGCCACCUGCUGUAAUACAUAAGCAUUGCAUGUUUACUGCAAGUGCCACAUUGCACUUUGACAAGAAAGCAUAUUACACAACAUCUG